AUGCAACGUCUACGCUAUGUUUUGGCACUUUUCGCUGCUGCUGGCUCAGCAGUAGCAGAGUGCCCGAUCAAGCCUACUGGCAAUAUUGUCCUGAAGUACAAGGUGACUGAACCUGGAGAGGCAGUCAAGAAGGGUACCGAGCUGAGGAUCCUUCCGGUCGGUGACUCUAUCACAGUGGGUUACUUGAGCGACAGGCAGGGAGGUGACGGAAAUGGGUACCGUGGGCAAUUGAAGAAGGAUCUUUCUGCAUGGUCCGGAAAAACUAUUCAGUACAUUUCUGAUCAUGUCGAUCCAUCUCUCAAGCAACACCCCAACAUCAUCCUACUCGCGGCUGGUACUAAUGACAUGAACCCCAACCAUGGCAUCUCGAAAGAGGGGAAUGACCCAAAGGAUGCUGCUGAUAGACUGGGUAAGCUCAUUGACAAGAUGUUCAAGGCAUGCCCGGAUGCAACCAUUUUGGUAGCCAUGAUUAUCAACACGUGUGAUGAUAAACAAUCACCUGCUACAAAGGAGUUCCAGAAGUUUGUUCCUGGUGUCGUUAGGGCGCGUCACGAUGAUGGUAAGCAUGUCUUGGCCGUGGACUUUACAACCUUCAAGACGAGCGACCUUCAAGACUGCAUCCACCCUACCAACGAUGGGUACAAGCUUAUAGGCGACUAUUGGUACAGCUUCAUCCACCAGAUUCCUAACAGUUGGAUCAAGAAGCCAGUUGGACCAGACCCCAACGGUGGUGACAGUACUAAUGGCAGGUAG